UUCGUCUGUCGCGCAUAAAAUAUGGCGUCGUAGACGGUCUGUUGUUGUCCGGAAUAAAGUGGCAACAUACGGAUAUGCAAAUAACCACGCAUGUAGUGGCUAAAACAUACCAGUUAAAAGGCAGAUAAAGUGACCGUGGUUAUGAACCGCGAUGUUGAGAUCUACGGGGUUCUUUCGUGGGAUUGACUGCCCGUUUUAUUGUGAGAAUAAUAAUGGAAAAGCCGGUGCAGAUGGGUGCACCAGACCCUACUGUCACUUCAGACACAGCAAACAAAGACGAGGCUCCUCUGGGAUAUACGACAUCAAAAAGACUAAAGCGCUUUCUGCGAGUCCAAACGAUCAAGGAUAUGAUCCAUUCAGUCCAGAGGUUGUAAGACCGGGGGAACAUUACAAUGGGGAACCACCGUCGAGCCUGUCGACGGGACAGGAUGUGGACCUGGGUACCAUGGAGCUGGAGUUGGUCAAUCAGGCCAUUGAGGCUGUUCGCAAUGAGAUGGAAAGGGACAAGAAGAAGCUUUCUCAGAUCGGCGAUCAGGAAUAUGAGCCGACCAAGAGCUCUGUUAAGAGACCGAAACCCGCUGCAUCGUCCCAUCAGGGCUAUGAUCCUGGGAGCUAUCAAAUGGGCCAAGCUAGUGAAUACACCCCAUCCCCUCGCUCCAGCAAAUACACUUUGGACUCAGAGAACAGCAGUACCAAUGCACUGGAAUAUGUGCCCACUGCUGUCUCCAAAGCAAGCAUUAAAAAGGCAUUACCUCCACCACCGUCCCAUGUAAAGUGUAAAUACACUCUGGAUAAUUCCAAACCAACCACAGACAUGGAGUACGACCCUCUCUCGAACUAUUCAGCUAAGCUGACUGCUAAAGAACAGAGGAUUUUGUGUUCAGAGGGAGAGAGGAGAAAGAGGUUUUACCCUGAAAAACAAGGGGAAGAUGAGGAAUACGUUCCAACGGUGAAGAAACCUAGGCCUACGUUACCUAAGGCAGAUGUCCUGAAGUACACUGCAAGUUUCUCUGAAUCUGAUGAGGAAAGUUCUGGGACAGAGUAUCGCCCGACGUCCAUAAGCCGUAUGCAGCGCAAGGGAAUCAACAUCAGCUUAAAACAGGAACAAAUGUCAGGUGCGAAGGGACAGCAAAGAAAUCAGGUGUAUAAAACUGACUAUGUUUUCUCACAGAGUGAAUCCGAUGAUGUGGAGGAUGUAGAGAGGACAGACAAAAAGAUGCCUGUGAGUCAGUCGAAAAGUAUAAAAUCUGAUAAACUGAAAAAAGAGGAGAAAGAAGCCAAUAAGAAGAUUCAAAAAGAAAGGCGGGAAAGUUCAAGUGCCAACAAGACAUCGAAGAAUUCAAGUCAAAAAGACAAGAACCAAAGUAAAAAUGAGGACAGAGUCAGCAAGUCCAAGGAAAAGCUGCGGAAAGACGGAUCGAAGUCAAAGAGUACUGAUGAAAAGAACAAGAAGAUAGUUAAGAUAAAGAAUGAACAUAGCUACAAGGAAAAAGAUAGAGGAAGUGGCGACAUCAAGAAGCCCAAAAUGGACAAGCCUGUGAAAACCGAUAAGGUGUCGUCCAAAAUCAAAGACCAGAAGAACGGAAAACUUGAGAGCAGCACAAAGGGCAAGGACAAAAAGAAAAGCAGCCAUGGGAGCAGCAGCACUAAAGACAAAAGUAAAAAAAGCAGCUCCAUCGUUGAUCACAAAGAGGCAAGUGAGACCAAACAGAGGAAUGUGAGCCACAUAGACUUGUUCGGUGCUGAGAGUGCUGAAGAGGAUGAGGAAGACGAGAGGAUAGUGAGGAAGUCGGCUUCUGCUUUUAAACGGGGAAGCCUCAUGAAUAAUAAGAGGAAAACAUCUGAAGUUACAUCAUCAUCAUCAUCGGAGGAUGUCUCUGAAGUGGAUGAUGAUGACGGUGGUGGUGGUGAUGAAGCAGUGGACUACUCCUGUCUGCAGGAUGAGAUGGAGUAUGACUCGGACCCGAUGGAGGAGUGUCUGCGGAUAUUUAACGAAUCCAAAGAGGUGAAGACGGAAGACAAAGGGAGACAAGCAAAGCAGCCUUCAAGGGAACAGGAGGAGGUGGAGGAGGAAGAAACAGAAAGCACUUUAACUACUCUCUUUCCUGGCCAGAAGAAGAGGGUGUCACACUUUAAAGCUCAAGGAAAGUCCGUGUCAUCGCUGAACGCUGUGCCGAUGCCUCAGCGGAGAAUGACAGCGCAGGAGAUCUGUUACCAGCGAAUGCAGAAGGCCCAGCAACAGGCGACACAGCUAUCUGCUGCAGUAAAGGCAGUGUCUGCAUCGACCAACCCAAAACUGGGGCUCUCUGGAGAGAAGCGUCGGGUGGCGCACCGACCAAACGCCUCCUUGGCCUCCUCAAAGCCUGGACUAGCUGAUGCCAGCAGUCGGGUGUUAUCCCCCACCAGGGUGGCGACAGAUCUGCUUUCAGUCAAAGCUCAUACAUCGGCAGGCAUCCUGUCAAAGACCGCAUCCACAACAGUGCAGAAAAGAGUGGCACACACCCCCACCAUGAAGAGCUCUGCCAUGAAGCGUCCUGUCAUUCCUGCAGAAUUUGGGGCCAAGGUGCCCACUAAUGUCCGCCAGCGUUACCUAAACAUCUUCAUUGAUGAGUGCCUGAAGUUUUGUUCCUCUGAACAGCAUGCUUUUCAGAUGGUAUGUCACCUUCAGAUGGCUCUGGAGGAAGAGAAGGUGGUGUAUGACAGGAGCAGCAGUAAGAACAUCUACCUGAAUGUAGCUGUGAACACACUGAAGAAACUUCGCAGCAAGAGCACACCUACGUCUCCUGUCAUCAAGAGCCCGGCUGUAUCAGUGAAUAGAAAGUCUCAGUCCCAUGAAGGAGUACUUGGUGGACGACUUGCUGCCACAACUAGCUACACAAUCAACCGCUCCGGUAAACAGCAGGAUGUGGACCCUAAAGGUGCCAUUCUUUACAAAAAACUGAAAAAAUAUGGAAUGACUGAAGAACAGCUGCAGGAGCAUGGCUACCCCAGACCUCACCCCGAGAUGUCGGGUCAAGCUGUCGUCCAUAACCUCCCAGAAAAGAAAAACAAUGACCCUUUUUCCAAAAUCUGUUGUCGAUGUGGCGCUGAGUACAAGAUAAACGCUAAUGGCAGCUGUGUGCGUAAGGAGGAGUGCAGUCACCACUGGGGAAGAUUACGCAGAAACAGAGUUCCAGGAGGUUGGGAGACACUUUACAGCUGCUGCUCUGGUGCGGUUGGUUCUCCUGGAUGUGAAGUGUGUAAACAACAUGUACAAGAUGGCCGUAAAGAGUCCUUGGAUGGUUUUGUGAAGACUUUUAGCAAACCGUUGCCAGUAGAUGGAAAUGGAGGUGUCUACGCCUUGGACUGUGAGAUGUGCUACACAAAACAAGGUUUGGAGCUGACCAGAGUGACUGUCAUUAACUCUGACCUCAAGGUUAUUUAUGACACAUUUGUCAAGCCAGGCAGCAAAGUGGUGGAUUACAACACACGGUUUUCAGGUGUGACACAGGAUGAUCUGGAGAACACCACCAUCACCCUGAGAGACGUGCAGGCGGUGCUGCUGAGCAUGUUCAGUGCAGAGUCCAUUCUAAUUGGACACAGUCUUGAGAGUGACCUGUUUGCGCUCAAGCUUAUUCACAGCAUGGUUGUGGACACCGCUAUUGUGUUUCCUCACCGCCUGGGUCUGCCCUACAAACGUGCCCUGCGAAACCUUAUGGCCGACUACCUCAAACGCAUUAUACAAGACAACGUUGGAGGGCAUGACUCCAGUGAAGAUGCCCGGGCCUGCAUGGAACUCAUGAUCUGGAAGAUCAAAGAGGAUGCCAAGGUGAAGAGAUGACCUCUGACCCUGCCAGUUCUCUCACACUAUGUUACGACCUGGAAUGAUUUUCGAUGAACAUAGCAUCAUAGAGGAAGAGUCACUGAAACUCUUCAUAAUGGGCCGUGCGUCACUUGGGUCGGAUAAACUGCGUCAGAGUAAAUGCUGCAGUUUGAAUGAGGGGGGAAAGAAAGAGAUGGACUGACACAAAGGGGAGGAGACCUGGACGGAUAAUGUGAUAGAUUGCAAAGCCUAGACCACCAUGGCUCCUAGCAACCAGAGCUAGUGCCCUAUCAAACAAGCAAUCCUUAUUCCCACCAUGCUAAAACUGACCUAGUGAUGGCCAAUAUUAUCACAAGUGGACAUAGAUUGGGGUGAGGGUAAUCUUUUGUUGAGUUAAAGUAUUCUCUAUUUUUUUCAGCAGUAUUUUUAUUUUUUAAAAGACCCUAGUCCACCAAAUCAUCGAUUGUGAUUGUGUUUUAAUGUUCACUUUAGGUGAUGUGGCUCCUGGCUGGAAGGUCUAUGUGUUGCACUCUAAGGUUGUUUGUGAUAUAGAUGUAUAUUAAAUCCACAUUUAUACUUGAAACCAUGUUUUUUCAGCACUGAUGUGAUGUCACUUCCUCUAGUAAUAAUGUAUAGCAAUCCACAUACUCAAAAACAGUGUCUUGUCUAGCUGCGAAUAUAUAAAACUAGAUCACUCUGACAUUUUCGUGACCCAAUGCCUUGUAAACCAGACUCAGUAUUCUUAUCUGUACUCAAAUUAGUACAAUUUGUUUACACAUUCAAAUUUGUUAGUGAUUUAUUCACACAAAUCAUGAGCGGACAGGACAAUAAGAAAAAACAAACAGUUUACUUUGAUUUACUUUUUAAUUCACUUUAAUUUGUAUUAGGCAGUUUAAGCUGUUAAUGCAGUAUAUUGUAAACUGACACACUAAAUGUCACAUUCAUUUAUUCCUGCCACUUUAUACACAUUACUUUUAAAAACUGCUACUAAAAACAUAACUUUCAAUAACUGUCAAAACUAAAGAUCAAGAUGGCUGUGCAGUGAUUUAUAAUGUUACUAAAUGGAUUGACAUUAACGCCACGUGCUGUAAAUAAGUUGUAUCUAAAUUGUUUUUGUAGCUGUUUAGUUUUGUUUUCUAUUAAAAGCUAUAAAUAAAACACAAAAAUCACAUAUUUUAUAUAC